CGCUUUAGAUAAGACAGUCACUUGAAGCUGCGCGAAGACCGUCGUCUGAGCUCUGAACAAUUUCACGAAAAAGGGAGACUUCAUUUUUUUCAUCAUGAAAGCAGCAUUUUUUGCCCUGGUAUUUGCCCUUAUCGCCGUUAUGGCACACGGGAAAAUAUCCAAGCCAAAGGUGCAGGUAUAUAGCCGUAACCCUGGCAAGCUGGAUGAUACCAACGAAAACACCCUGAUCUGCCAUGUCAGUGGCUUCCACCCUCCUGACAUCACCAUCACCCUUCUGAAGGAUGGGGUGGAGAUUCCAAAUGCCCAGCAAACUGACCUGGCCUUUGAGUCCGGUUGGCAGUUCCACCUCACCAAGCAUGUCAAGUUUCAACCAAAGAAAGGGGAGUCGUACGUCUGCAAGGUCAGACACAUGGCUGAAACCAAGAGUUACUUCUGGGAGCCUGACAUGUGAGCUGUGAAGAAGGCUACACACUGAUUCCGUAGUCUAUUGGGUUUCUGCAUCUUGGUGUUUCCUUGAAGACAAUUAACCUUUCCUGUAUCUAGCACGGACUUCUCAAUCUCCACCAAUACUACAGAACAGUGGUACUUUUAAGCGAAUAUGCAUUGGCUUCUCAUAGAUUUAAAAACUUUGCCUACAUUCCAGACAAUCAGAAUGGAAUGGUCAUCACUUACAUGUUUAAAUCAAGAUAUGUUUUUUCAAACUCAAAUAUUCAUUUUUUUUUUUUUUUUUACAGACAUUGUUUUAAGUGCGCAAAUAUUGCCAGACUUUUAGAUUAUUUUUUUAGCUUAGUGUUGUACAUUCCAUGACUAUAUUUAAUUUUGUCUUCAAGGCUACUGAAAACAAAUUCCCUGAUUGGUAUAUGUUUUUGCAGUGUUUAAUGCAAAAUUUCUCAAAAUUAGUUCAGUUCCAUUAAGUACUAAGCCAAAGUAAGAAGAUAAAAGGAAGAGCUAUUUUGGCUUUGAUGACUGACUAUUAUUAUGCACAGAAUUGUUUCUUGAAUUGCAAUAAAAUUAUUCUUUCUUUUUUAA